AUGGCUUCGUUGACCUUGUCAAUUGGGCCCCUGAAGCCCGACGCCUCAACCUUACAGGCGUGGUGUUCUCUAGGGCGGUCGCACGACAAGCAAGAGGUAGGAUAUGUGGCUCUGCUGCCCACGGGUGCCCUUUUGAUAGGAAGACAGGAGAGCAGCAGCGAGGCGCAGGUGGUCCAACCGAUCCAACUUGGCCUGUCCAGCCUCUCACGAAAGUUCUCCAUGUCUGCGUAUCUUUCGCCACGGCCGGUCGAGACCCGAGACGGCUCUUCGAUUGUGACCUUCAAUCAGAAGCCCCUGGAUGCGACAUACCUCGUGCUGCUCGCCCUCAAUGAGGAAUGUCGCCGCAUACGGCGAGGCUGUUUCUACCACCUGGCCCUGCGGCAGGAUGUCUCCAAGGGCCAUCCGUGUGACAUGGUCUUCAUCGACGAGCCCUGGGGCGAAAAGAGCGUGAAGGCAUGGGACACUUCGAGAUGGGACAAGCGGCUGAAGAUAUGUGCUGCGGCGUCGGGAUGUGCCCAUAUCCACACCAGCAACUCUGACCCAGCUAUCGCCAAUCACCCAGCGAUCCGGACCUGGAGUCGCCCAUUGAUGGACACAUCGCGCAUUCUCAUCCCCAACGCGCACCAGCACUCGACAGCCACGGUUGCCCACCUCAACGCCGUGGAACAUGCCUCGCAAUGUACCACCUUCCCGACGCCCAACGACCUCUCCCUGACCGCCCUCCCGAACUGGCAACAAACCACAACGGCCGUGUUCGGUCGACGGCCCAACUGCGACGCACCGACAUCGAAUGCCCAGCCGGUGUUGGCAGUCAAAGUGACCAACGCCGAGGUGGUGCUCGCGAUGCUGUACAUCUGGAACCGUGGCCGCGUGGCCGUCCACCACAGUAUUCAUCCCAAUGCCAAGAACAACAACGACGACGACGACGACCUCAAGCUCGACGUUAUGGACCACUGGGAAACGGAAUUUGGCUCCACUAAGGUCCUGUGGCAGGAGGUCGAGGACCGGAUCGACAACCACUCACUGGACACGCAAAAGGCCAUGUUGGAAUUCUGGCCCAAGGGUUGA